CUGUAAAUUUGUGACGUAUCAAAAGGUUGACAUUUUUAGGUUAUUCAAAAAUAUAAUAUUGGAAAAUGUCUAGAAAUAACAAUUUAUUGGAAUUAGACAUUGAUAAACUAUUUGAAGACCGCAGCGUUGAUGAAAUUAUUGAAAUUCAAAAGUUACUGGAUCUAGAAAUUGAAAGAAAGCGAAAUGAACUCAGGUCUAUGGUUGGAGACCGUUAUAAAGAUGUAUUAGCAGCCUCAGAUGCUAUCAAAUCUAUGAAAAGUAUUUCCAAAGAAAUUGUUGAAAGUAUAGACAAAAUAACAAAUACAUGUGAACAACUUAUCAUCAGUCCUGCAAAUGCCGAUAUCAAGUCUAAUUAUCAACUGGAACAUAAAAAAGUUGAGGAACGAACUGUUAUAAUUCAGAUUAGACUUGCAAUAUUCAUUAAUGAACAGAUAUGGAUAGCACUAGAUGAAGAAAAUAACUUGAGAGCUGCUGAGUGUUACUUAUUAGCCCAACAUAUACAUACUGGGCUAAGCCUUUCCAAAAAGGAAUAUUUAGAUAAAGUUGCACUGUUAAAUCACAUAAAAUCAAACUUAGUUGUCUUGAGGUCUAAAAUUUUUCAGAAAAUUACAGACAAAUUAGAAUCUGUUGAAACAUCAGCACAGGAAACCAGCCAGAACUUAAAUGCUUUACUGUUGUUGGAGAACCAGAUUAGUAAUAAUCUGUUGAGUAUUUUUACUGAACAUCGUAAAACAGCCCUUAAUACUGUGAUGAACACUCCAUACUCUAAUGUUCGAAUGCAGGUUAGCUCCAUGGUCAAAUGCCUAAUGACAACUGUCCGCCUUUUACAUGACUGUUUCAUAGGUGCUCAGAAUGGUGAAAAGAGUUUAAUUUGGCAACAGUUACAAGAAAUUAUUGGUGAUUCAUCACCAACUACACUUUCAAAAUUAGAAUUGCCCGUUACUCCCUUGCAAACAUAUAUUCCAGAAAUCAUAAAGCAGUUUAGGCCAACCUGCAAAUUUUCCAACUCUUCGGAGACCUUAUUAAGAGAUGCAGAAACUGUUUUGAAAGUGUGGUUAGAGUCAACCCAGAAAAGUGUCGAAGUUGGUCUGAAGAAAUCUUUAGAGCUCAUACCAAAUGUAAAGGGUUUGCAUUUGACUAGGGAAGAGUCCCUCAAGAUAGAACCGCCAGACAACUGGGAACAAAUUUGUAAAGAAUCACAUUUACCUGAACAUUUCGAUAUCUGGUAUUUUUUUUUCCAAAAUUUAAUCACCGAAAGAUGUCGAAAUUUGAUUUCAAAGAAAAAGGCUCUUAUUAUUCAAGAGGUACAAAUUUGUAUAAGUAAUACUAUGGAGAAAGCAACUAAAUCUGAAAAAUCUGAGAGUGAUCUAAGAUAUUAUAUGUGGACUGAAGAUGCAAAUGAUAUUAGUAAAACUGAAAAUUCACAUGUUGGACUGUCGAUGAAAACCAAAGGAUAUUCUCCAAAUAUAGUUGAACUUUGUAGUACAUUGGAUAAAAAAUAUUUGGAGUUGUUGGAAGAUGUGUCACAAUAUUUGUAUGGAAAAGAAUUCAAUUUGGAAAUGAUUUUUCCAACAGUUUUGAAUGACUACAAAUUCAAGAGGAAAUCAGUAGAUAAGGUUCAAUUGGAAAAUCAUCUUCAGUCGGAGUGUUCAAAAACUUCCUUAGAGCUUUCACAAUUUGUGUCGAACUUAUUGAACAAAGAAACGGAGCACCUGAUUGCAAAAUCAAUAAUUUGUGCGAGAUUUUUGCAAGCCAUUAUAGAAUUAUGCCCAAACUUCCAUAAGUGUUGUACAUUUAAUAAUUCAGCAGAUGACUGGUUGAAAAUCUGUGAUAUAUUUACCAAAACAAGCCAUGUUUUAUGGCUGAAUUGGGUGAAAGACUCUGUUAAAAGAACGGAGAAAGAGUGUGAGAUACUGGAUGAUAUUUCACCUAGGAGUAUGCUCAAAAUGUUCACGAGAUGGGAUGAGAUAGAAAUCCAAGAACAAACUGAAGAAAAAGUAUUCAAAUCACAAAUAAGAGUGCCGUUGAAACCAAGUUUAUCUCUUAAUGAAGUGUUAUCAAAAAUGAAUGAUGACUUGUGUCACAUAUUACCUCACACUUUACCGAAACCAAUCCAUCUUCAGUUCAUUCAGGAUAAUGUUGGUGUCAUUUUUAGACAUUAUGAGAAAUUGUCAGAAAAAGAUCUGAAUCAAAAACAAGCCCUACAAUUUUUGUUCGAUAUGAAAUUCAUGACUACGUUUUGCAUUUCAAGAGACAAUGUUGAACUGGUCAGUUGUUCUCAAGACAUCUGUGAUAAACUUAGAAGUAAAAUAGACCCUUUUGAUUUGGAUGUCUUUUACUCAUUUCUACAGAAUAACGUGAAAAGGGCCAUAAUACAAUCACAGGUUAUUUUUGGUUGUCUUCUACCUUCUUCCACUCAGUUGGCCAGUUUAGGGGUUUUAGAAAAACAGAGAGAACAAGAUCUAAGUCCUUCUAUUAUAGCCUUGAGUAUUCCUUCAACGUCUUCUUGGUUUCCUCUACUGCCAGUUACGGCACCAUCACAAAAGAUGCCGGGGCAAUCUUUGAAGAAUGCCAAGAAUCACAGGAAUAAUUUCAGUUUAUAAAUGGAAGCCCCAAAGAAGUCAUCAAAAGUAACUCCAAAAAAGGCCCAAGACCCCACCAGUAUGAUGAAGCAGAGCGCAGCUUCCCUAUUUGGAGGUUUAACUACAGAUUGGUUUUCAUAACAUUACAGAUUAGUCAACUUGAUUAUUCCCAUCUAGUGAUACUGUAUAUAAGAUGAUAUAUAAUUUGUAUGUAAAAUUUUUUUACUUGUACAGUAUAUUUAUUUUAAGAGUAAACUUCAAUUUUAGAAAAUAA